GGCAGGAAUUAAACUCCACCGGGCAUGUUUUCCUAUUAUGGUUUUGCCCAAAAACAUAGUAGACAUGCUGAGAUGAUGAUGUUUACAGUUAUUUAAGAGUCAAAUGACAUUACGUAAUUAGUUGAUCCAAGGUUCUGCUGGUGGAAAAAUGAUUGAGUAAUAAAAGGAAAUAAGAGAGUGGAAAGAAGAUACUGUCUAACGAGACCAUAGGUUCUCGAAAAUGAAUAAGAAACUUCUGUCCACUUUUCGUGAAGCAUAACAUCCGUGCUGGUCCAAUGACCACUAAACAGAUACUCGUGAGGCAGAUGUCGCUGCAGGCGCGGCUGAAGCUGCGCAAGAGCCAACGGAUAUGGUUCUUUCUCCUAGCCGCGGGGACGUUAAUCAGCCUCUCCCUCCUGUUCGGCGCCCGGCGGCAUCGGAUCCACCUCUCCCAGUUUCUAGCACCUCCUUACAAGGGCCCACCCCCCGAUGACCUCUGGGCGAACAUCAACAACGAAACAGGAGCCGCCGAGCUCAUCGUCCCGAACAUCGUCCACUUCGUGCUCUUCGAGGACCCGAAGAUCAGCUUCAUGCACUUCGUCUGCAUCCUGGCGGCGCUGCGGAACCAGCGCCCGGAGAAGAUCUACUUCCACGGGAACGUGGCGCCCUCUGGCGGGUACUGGGAGCGGCUCAUGAAGUUGGAGCCCUUCACCGAGCGCCUGGAGAUGCGGCGCGUGGAGCUGCCGACGGAGAUAUCCGGGGUGAAGAUCCAGCCCGGGUGGCGGAUCUUCCACGGAGGUGACGUCACCCGGAUCCGGGUGCUCAUGGAGUACGGAGGCAUCUUCCUCGACAGCGACUCGUACGUUGUCAGGAGUCUCGACUACUUCCGACGCUUCGAGAUGUCCAUCGGCUGGGAUGAAAAUCAGUUCCUCGGUUCCCAGAUCAUAGUAGCCCACAAGGACGCUCGUUUCCUGUACCACUGGCUGCACAGCUACGACGGUGCGUACGACCCGAAAAAGUGGUACUACAACGCCGGCGAGCUGCCUACCACCUCGGUCCUCUAUCACCACCCGGAGCUCGUCCACCGCGUCAAGGUCCUCUUCGGCAACGACAUGAAGUUCAUCCACAUGCUCUUCAGCAAGUACUGGCCGGGCUGGCGGGAGAACUACACCUUCCAUCUCCUCGCCAGACACCAGUACUUGCUCAAAAACAUCUCCUCCGUCGCCUACUACCCCGUCGUCUUCGACGAGUUCAACCUCCAGCACUACCCCAUCACCUUCCGCGAGAUGGCCAACGAGGUUCUCGAUUACGAGAAGCAACUCUUGGGGAAACCUAUCAAGGGACCAGCAGGCUGAUUCUUGACAUUGAUGGACAAAGCGAUAGACAAAGAAGACAUAGCGACGGCGCAAGUCCGCAAUCACAUAUCGUCACCUUCCAGGCAAAGUAUCACAAGCGCCAUGCGACGUUUAAAAAUU